UGCUCUGGUGGAUGACAUAUAGAAUCGACUGAUUUAAAAAAAAAAGAAAAAAGAAAACACUUCCAGAUUAACCCUACCGAUCAGAAGAAGAACUGCGUCGCCGGCAGCAGCAGGAGGAGAAAAACUGACACGUGGAUUACUCCUCCUAGGGCAUCACGAAAAAACACACUUCCUCCUCCUCCAGCUCUCUGUUCCGUGUCUCAGUCUCUCUCUGGACAGUCCGUACGGGGGUUAUGUAGAUUAGAUAUAGUCUAUAUAUGUAACAUUAGAGAGAGAUAUGAUUGCGCAAAGACUUUAUGAGACGGUUUGAUUUACUUUUUCUGGACCGGAAAAAAGCUUUAUCGAAAGUAAACAGCUGAUUGAGAAGCGGUUGAAAAGGUUGAAAGAGGAGCUGCGGACUCGCUAACUUGAAUGGCAGUUAUUCAAAAAUAUGGCAAGAAAUAUAGUCCAGAUUUGGUCUGUCUGAAGGAAAACCAUCCGCCGGACAAGAUUGGAGCUCCUGGGUGUCAAAAGAAGUGGCCUGAACAAAACACCACCUGGUCAAGGCCAGUGGCGAGGGUGUGGACGGUGGUGCUGCUGCUUGGGACAUGCCUCCUCUACUGCGCCCGCGUGGCGAUGCCCAUCUGUGCCGUCAGCAUGGCGGAGCAGUUCAACUGGAGCAAGAGGGAGUCCGGCAUGGUGCUGGGCAGCUUCUUCUGGGGCUACUGCUUCACCCAAGUGUUCGGAGGCUACGUCAGCGACCGGGUUGGAGGUGAGAAGGUCCUUCUGCUCUCUGCAGCAGCCUGGGGCUCGAUGACGGCCUUCACACCGAUCCUGGCCCACUUCUGCUCCCAGCCAAUCCUCUCCAUGACGCUGGCCCGCUUCCUCAUGGGCUUGUUGCAAGGAGUUCAUUACCCUUCUCUGGCGAGCCUGUGCUCUCAGAAGGUGGUGGAAAGCGAGAGAGGCUUCCUCAUGAGCACCGUGGGUAGUGGCUCCUACCUGGGCACUCUGGUGAUUGGAGGGGCUGGCUCCCUCAUGUUGGACCUGUACGGCUGGCAGAGUGUUUUCUACGUGUCCGGUCUCCUCUCAGUCCUGUGGGCCUACUGCAUGUGGAAAUAUCUGCUCAAAGGAGAAGGGCCUAUCAUCACCCUGGAGUCCCUGGGAAGUGGUGGGCCCCAGUCCAAACUGUCCAAAAGACACUGGUUACGGCUCCUCAAACAACCUGCAGUCUGUGCUGUGAUCGUUACGCACCUUUGCACAGCGAGCACCUUCUUCACUCUUCUGUCGUGGCUGCCGACAUUCUUUAAAGACACGUUCCCCGAUGCCAAGGGUUGGGUGUUCAAUGUCAUUCCUUGGUUGGUGGCCAUACCCUCAUCCCUCUUCAGUGGCUGCCUAUCCGACCACCUCAUCAGUCAGGGCUUCGACACAGCCUCAGUGAGGAAGUUGAUGCAGUUUUUCUCCAUGGGUGUGUCCAGUGUGUUUACCCUUCUUCUGUGUGGCAACAACACCUUCCCCUGGGCCGUAGCAUUUGUGUCUGCCACCAUGGGCCUCACCACCUUCAGUCACAGCGGUGUUUCUGUAAAUGUUCAAGAUCUGGCUCCUUCCUGUGCCGGAGCUUUAUUUGGUGUCAUGAAUACAUGUGGUGCAUUCUUAGGCGUUCUGCUGGUGUAUUUCUCGGGGUAUCUCAUCGAGUCCACCGGCUCCUGGGCAUCUGUGUUCGCCCUCAUCACCACCGUCAACCUGCUGGGCCUCUGCACCUUCCUGGCCUUCGCAGAGGCCCGUCGGUUCGACAUUGACUGUACUAAAGUCCGCCACCACAACAUCCACAUCUAAAUCAUCAGCCUCCAGAGGGAUUAGCACGCUAACCCCCCAAGGGAGAUAUGACCUUGGGGCAAUCAGCAGCUAGGACAUUAUCCACAUUGGAGAAGUAGCCAAACAGAAAGCACACGGACAAAGCCCGCACACAACAUCUGGAUCUGCUCUGUGUCUGGCUGAAGAAGUACUGCAAGAAAAAGCACACAGCAGAGCCUGCACACCGUUACUGAAAAAUCUUGUGGAGCUACAGCGUCAAAUCCAAGAAAAACACAGCUGUGUUAGAGGAUGCUCUGUCAGUUCAGAGUGGAAUAGGAAAGAAGAAGUCUACACUACCUCCAGGUCUCAGCUUGUGCAGCGUGUGGUGGUUAAACAGUCGCCGGACUUGUCAUUUGUUACAGAACGUGUUACUUAGAACAAGAGAAAUUGUUAUCCACAUAUUGUUAUACCUGAGAGUGAUGGAUGUGGUCGUCUCAGGAGCUCUCUGACAGUCGUGACAGGCCAAGGUGGUGUGUUGUUACCCUGCGUGGGGGGGUGGGUGGGAGACGGCGUGGGUGACGCAGGGAGAGUCCAGCCUCUCGCACCUGAAUGUCUUUUAUUAGUACGCCCCACUCACCCAUCACUGUCUGAGUGACACCUCAUUACCCAGACACUAAUUACUUGGCAGGCGCUCCUCUAAUGUCCCGUACGAUCUAUACCUUCUAUCGUCCCCAUCUCCAUGGUUACCAGCUCAUCCUGUCGUUACAGUCGGAGUGGGUGAAAGGGGUCACGGGGAGCCGUGUGGCAACAAGGCUUUGCUCCCUGUUUGUCGUCUCAAAGAAUAUGUCUCAAGUAGGAAGACCAAAGGUAUUUAAUUAAUUUCUUUCUAUGUGAUCGCAUGUAAUAGAAAUACCUCACUUAAUUAUUUUGAGUACUUAUAUAUUUAUAUAAUUUUUUUUGGGAAAAUAAAUAUAUAAUGUUAGAUGACAGGAAAAAAGAAUUAUAUUAUAUAAGAUGACAGAAAAUUAUAUAAGUUAUGAACAGUAUGAUGCAGUAUGAAUAGCCCUAAUAGACAUCUCUGCAAGUCUAGUUCCCUCACUUAUUCUUCUUUUCUAACCUGCACAUAAAGAAACGUGUCCAUAUUAUCAUUUGGGUGAAAACUGGAUCUCCAACUUUUGUUGCGGUAAAAGAUCCACCCCUUAUUGUCACACUUAGCAUCAUUGUUACCUAGGCGAUAGACAGGAAGUGAGGAAGGAAGGCAGAUUUAAAUAGUCUGUGUUACGCACUGGCACGGCAAAUGUGAGAGGCUUAGAAAUCAAUUACAUACACAAUACAGUUGAGGAACUGGAGAAUAUAUGGUGAAUCCACAUUACUGUAAAGUAUGUAGCAACGUAAAGGUAGCUGCAGAGCUCUGGCUGAAUGUUGAAGUGAUUGUUUAUAGCAUUUAGCUUUGGCUUUCACAGCACAGUUUAAAUGUAAAAAUGUUUUCUAUAAAUACCUAGAAGUGUAUCCUUUGGCUGAAUAUUUUGUUGGUAUAGAUUUCAUAUCUGAAAUGCCUGAUAUGUUCCUUACAUUGUCUUUGUCAGUGGUCGUAAGAAAUGAAUUGGAUGUAUUCUUUGCUCUCUGUCGUUCAGAGUAAAGAUACAUUUGUGUGUGUGUGUGUGUGUGUGUGUUACAAAGACACAAAUCAGACUAUUUAGAAUAAUUUAUUUUGAUAUCUGAUCUGAAAUCAUAUAUCUACGCUAAAUGUCACUUUGAAUCUGUACCUACACUAUAUUUUGUAGUGAUCAAACGCACACUGUAUACCUUUUCAGCCUUAUUAUUGUCAAACCAAAUGCCCCACAUUCCUCUUUUUUUUUUACCUGCCUUAGCAGAUGUGCAUUAUUUACAACUAUCAUCAUUGCUUGUCCUUUUUUUCUGUUAUCAUCUCACAAAAUGUAGAAAAAUGUACAUUAGGAAUAACUGGAGUUCUGUUCACCAACAUAUAUCUCACUGUAGGUUCCUGAAAGCCUUCUGACAAAUCCCUUUUUGAUAACAUGCAAGAUAUGUAUGAUAGAGAGAAUACAUUCAUGCAAGAAAAUGCAGUGUUCUUAUGCUUUUAAUAUAUGUUGUAUUUAAAAGCAUAGAUUAACUUUGAAUAAAAAUCUAUUUUGUCAACACUG